AUGCCCCUCGUUGCGCACAAUUCCCGGCCCCGGGUGAUCCUUGGACUAAUGAGCUUUGGGCCCAAUGAGACCGACAAUACUCGCAUCACCUCACUUGAUGAGUAUAACCGCUGCCUGGACCACUUCCAACAACAAGGUUUCAACGAAGUCGACACCGCUCGCAUAUAUGCAGGCGGAAAACAGGAAGCCUUCACCGCCAAGGCAAACUGGAAAGAACGAGGUCUGACUCUCGCGACGAAAUGGUACCCGCUUGAACCGGGAGCGCACAAGCCUGCCGUAUUACGCCAAAACUUCGAACUGUCCCUCAAGGAGUUGAACACCAACCAGGUCGACAUCUUCUACCUUCAUGCCCCGGAUCGCUCGGUUCCCUUUGCUGAGACCCUCGAGACUGUCAAUGAUCUUCACAAGGAGGGCAAGUUUGUCCAGCUGGGUCUGAGUAAUUAUACGGCCUUUGAAGUCGCGGAAGUCGUUACUCUCUGUGCUCAGCGAGGCUGGAAGCGACCUACCAUUUAUCAAGCAAUGUACAAUGCUAUCACUCGCAAUAUUGAAACUGAACUGAUACCUGCCUGCCGUCGCUAUGGUCUCGAUAUCGUCAUCUACAACCCUCUUGCUGGCGGCCUUUUGUCUGGAAAAUACAAAACACACGACGUGCCUGCCAAAGGACGAUACAGUGACAAUACCUUCACGGGUACCAUCUAUCGCAAACGCUAUUUCAAAGAUGCGAACUUUGAUGCUCUUAGAAUUAUCGAGCCUGUGGUGGAAAAGCACGGCUUGACUUUAGUGGAGACCGCACUGCGCUGGGUGCGCUACCAUUCGGCACUUAACUUGGACAACGGUGGCGGAGACGGUAUCCUGAUCGGCGUUAGUAGCUUCGACCAGCUCGAGACUAAUCUACGGGACCUACAGAAGGGUCCUCUCCCAGAAGAGGUGUUGCAAGUGCUUGACAAAGCAUGGAUGGUUACGAAGCCUACCUCUCCGAAUUACUGGCACCUAGAUCUGAAGUACACUUACAACACCCAGGAGGCCCUAUUCAUGUCGAAAGCGAUGGCCUGA